AUGGAAGCACCGCCAGGUCCCAGCUCACUGACGAAAGUCACUCGUCGCAGUUAUCUGGAUGGUCACGUCGAUCAGAUCAUGGACAGGUCGCAGGAAAAGCACCCUCGCAUCGCGAAACUUCCGCCAGCACAUGAGAUCAUAGAGAUCAAGUUGACACACCCCAAAAGCAAAAAGGAAAGAAGACCUGACGGCAGCGAUGAUAGCGAUGAUGAACCUGUGGUUCCACCGGUGAAAAGGCGACCCACCAAGAAGUCCAAGGAAAUCGUCUCAUCCAGCAACAUCAGCGAUGCCGACACCAAUGAUACUUUGGAGUCGACGGUGACUUCAAAGUCAGAGAAGGCCAAGACGACAGCAAAGGCGCUCAAGGGAAAGGGUAAGGCUACAGCGACUAAGACCACUGCCAUGGGCACCGCCUCUGGAUUGGGUGCUGCCCCAGCUGCCCCCAGCGACCAACUCAAACUGAUCUCUGCAUUCAGUGCAGUGUCUCGUGCUGUUGCUGCCGCGUCUACGUCCAAACCAUCACCCCCCACUGUAAACCCAGCUGGUAGUGCAUGCAUCCAGCCACGCCCCAUCAAGCAUCAACCUCCAGCCAUCUCAGCUGCCAGAGACCCAUUCACCGUGAAAGAGGCCAGAGCUUCUGGAAAUCCUAAGGGCGUGUCCAUGCGACCUGUCACUCCCUCAACAUUGACAAUCCACGAGUCUACGACAAUGUCCAAACAGUCAGCGUUUGGACCCAUUUGUAUCUUCGACGAUCCAGCCCUCUCCCUGUCCAAGUCCACUUCAAAACGCUCAGUGGAUACUGAAAGGUCGCAAGCGGUAAUCAGCAAGAAACCUCGCACCAACGUUGACAGACCAAUGAGUUCAGCACUUGCGAUGGCAGAUAAACCAUUGGAGGAACCAAUCAUCAUCCCAAAACCCACUUCUUCUGUGGAGGACACACUGGUGCCUGGAGCGAUGUCCAUGCCUACUCCACCCCUGACACAAGGGGCCAGGGUCAAUCCUACACAGGGAUACCAGUGGCCAUAUGGCUUCUUUCCUCCGUUCAGUUUUCCGCCAGGGUACCCGGCCCCACCCCCUGGUUGGACCUUUCCGGGGAUGCCGCCUUGGAACCCUGACCGUCCCGCAGGUAGUGCUUCUGACUCAGCACCAGUUCCGCCAUAUCUGCCUCACCCGUACUUCCCUCAAGGCGCCUUCCCUACCCCUUCAGCAAAGCCAGCCGAAGGGGAGCCUGGACCCUCUCGCCUGACAUGA